AGGGAAGUAGCCGUUAGGGGAAAGUUUCAAAUUAUAUGAGCUCUCAGACCUACUGGAGAGAAGCUGCGUAUCCAUAAACGUUUCUGCGAUUUGGGGAUUAAAAUUAGGGUUUUGGAUUCGCGAGAGAGAGAGAGACUAUGGGAGACUCCGUCUGUCUUGCGAGAUCCUUCUCGCAACCUGCAGAUACUUCGUCGCACGAGGUUGUUCCUCGUGGUGUGCUGACGGAAUCUGUAUCCUUUGGUAGAUUUGCGUCGGAGACGCUGCAGUGGGCGAAAUGGUCAGCUUUUACUCAGAACCGUUACUUGGAAGAGGUUGAGAGGUUCACGAAACCUGGUUCUGUGGCUGAGAAGAAAGCUUUCUUUGAAGCUCACUUCAAGAACCGAGCUUCCGGGAACACCACAAAGACCAAGAAGACCCAAGAAGGGACUGUUCUCAAGACUGUGUGUGGAGCACAGAAAGAGAAUCUUGUUGAUUCUGAAGUAAGGCAUGGAGAUGUGGUGUGUAGUUCUGUGAAGACUAGUUAUGAAACUGUGUGUGGAGUACUGAAAGAGAAUCUACCACUUGUGGAUGAAGUGAGGCAUGUUGCUCCAUCAAUUUCUGUGACAGAUGCAACAGCUGAUGUUCAAAUUGGGGAAGUGAAGGAUACAAUUGCUGAGAACAAUGAUUCCAUGGCUGUUGAUGAAGACGAGGAGCUUGACAAGGAGAAUUCUGCUUCUUUGAGCAAAGAAAGACGUCCUCGUUCUUCCAUGCCUGUUCCUGAAGACGAGGAUCUUGACAAGAAUUCUACUUCUUUGAGCAAAGAAAGAGGUCCUAGUUCUUCAGCAUCCAAGACCUAUGGUAGAAGUUCAAAUCCGGAACUUGAUCUGCCACUUAAGAAACCAAGGAAAGAGACACUUUCGACUAAGAGAAACCAAAGAAGAUCACCUCCUCAACCCUUUCACAUGUCAAUCGAUUGUGCUCCUACUGAUAAUGCCGGCAAAAAGAUGCACCAGAACGGUUCUAGAAGCAGUACCAAGGUUAAAGAUGCAUUGAAAGCGGAUAAGAAGGAGAGAUCAGGUCCAAGUUCAGUGCACAUGCCACUCAACUCUGCUACCUCUACUCGUCAAACGACCAAAACAGCUCCAAAAAGGCUAGCAAGAAGAUCCACUACACAGGAAACAAGUUCAUCAAAUGCUGGAACCAGUUCAAAACCUAAGGGCACCGAACCAGCAGUGGCUUCUAAAGGUCGCAAGAGACCAUUGUCUAGAGGAGCCAAAGAAGAUUCAGAUGUUCCAAAAUGUUCAACCACAGCCUCUGCUUUCGGGUUACCAAAACUUCCUCCUCCUCCUCCUAAUAGUCGGCCAUUAGACGAGAAAAGGAAAAACAUAACUGGAGGUAGCUCAGUUUCUAGCAGAAUACCAAACAAUGUGCAAAGACAGCCUUCUGCCAGCUGCGACAAUGUUCCAACUCAUAGCAGAACCAGAGCAAAGUCGUUCACUGUUUCUACUCCCUUCAACUUCAGAAGUGAUGAACGGGCAGAAAAGAGGAAAGAGUUCUUCAAGAAGAUAGAAGAAAAGAAAAAGAAAGAGGAUGCUGUCAAAGAGCAAUCGUCUUGUGGCUUCAAGGAACAUCAAGAAUUCAAGAACCCGCAAGUUGGCGGUGUUCAGGCACCAAUGAUAAGUCUCACUUCACCACGAGUGCGCAGGAAUCAAACUCCAGGAAGAGAGAACAUACAAAAAUCUCGUGAAUCUCCCCAUAAAGUUGCCUCAGUGAAGACCACAACCACCAGAAAUCCAUCGAUGGAGAAGUACAAACGCUGCAAGAUUCAUCCCUCGCUGACAAAGAAGAAAACUCAAGAAGAUUCGUCUCCUCAUGUUCUCUAGAAGUAAGGUGCGUUCGUCAGAGACAAACCCUAUCAAUCAAAUGUUCCGUUUCCUCUUCUUCAACACAGCUGAUAUAAAAAACACAACAGAGGAUCAUCAUGAAGAUUCAGCUUUUCACGUUGAAGAUUUCGAAAGUUUGUAGUUUCAGCAUGUAACCUUGUCAAGCUUAUGAUAUAACUAGCCUUGAUGCAAACUGUAUAACGUAAACUUUUAAGGAGCUGUGUAGUGCAUUAAGUAGAACUUAAUUCUCCAUAUAACUCUAUGUACUCAAUACUUUUUCUUUUAACUAAUGAUGACUGAGCAAAGUUCUUGUCU